AUGGAGACCUUGACCUGUAAUGGAUCGUUGGAUGGCUCAACGAUCUUCUACCUGGUGGGCAUCCCCUCUCUGCCAGAGUCCUUCUUCCUUCCUGUGUUUUUUAUUUUCCUUUUCUUCUAUCUUCUCAUCCUUAUGGGGAAUGCCCUGAUCCUGAUGGCUGUAGUGGCAGAGCCCAGCCUCCACAAGCCCAUGUACUUCUUUCUAAUCAACCUCUCUGCUCUGGACAUCCUCUUCACCACAACCACUGUGCCAAAGAUGUUGUCCCUAUUCCUACUUGGGGACCACUUCCUCAGCUUCCCUGCCUGCUUACUGCAGAUGUACCUCUUCCAAAGCUUCACAUGCUCUGAAGCCUUCAUCCUGGUGGUCAUGGCCUAUGACCGCUAUGUGGCUAUCUGCUGCCCGCUGCACUACCCUGUGCACAUGACCCCCCUGACCAAUGCUGCACUGGCAGCCAGUGCCUGGCUCACUGCCCUCUUCCUACCUAUCCCAGCAGUAGUGAAAACCUCCCACAUGACAUAUAAUAACAUUGCUCACAUCUACCACUGCUUCUGUGAUCAUCUGGCUCUGGUUCAGGCCUCUUGCUCUGACACCACACCGCAGACUCUCAUGGGCUUCUGCAUCGCCAUGGUGGUGUCCUUCCUGCCCCUUCUCCUGGUGCUUAUUUCCUACACCCACAUCCUGGCUGCGGUGCUUCGCAUCAGCUCCCGAGAAGGACGCUCAAAGGCCUUCUCCACCUGCAGCUCCCACCUCCUGGUGGUUGGGACCUACUACUCAUCCAUCGCCAUUGCCUAUGUGGCCUACAGGGCUGACCUGCCCCUUGACUUCCACAUCAUGGGCAAUGUGGUAUAUGCUAUUCUCACACCAAUCCUCAACCCCCUCAUCUAUACUCUGAGAAACAAGGAUGUCAAAGCAGCUAUUACCAAAAUCACAAGUCUCAAGACCCACUCUGGGAUAGGAACCCUUGACAUUUAG